UCGGUUUGGACCAUGUCUCAGUGCUACGCUACAACCCUUCAAAAUGGCGUGGUGCCUUCUCCACGCAUUUGAUCUCUCUCUGUGUCCCUCUCUCCUCUCUCUCUCCGCCAACCUCGCUGAUAUAAUUAUUGUACCAUAACAUUACCAAACUUCACUCCUCUCUCUAGGCAUCUACGCCCCCUCCUAAUAUAACCCACAAGCACAAACCCCUAUACAAGAACCAUACGUCAUAUGCCACUCAUGACCUAAUCACAAAGAUCCCCUUCUCGCUCCAUUUUCCAACAAGAAGAAGCUCAACUCUGCUGUUAAUUUAGAAUUGCAGCAACGUGCAAUGGCAACUAGUGUCACUGCCCCCAAUCUGUCGCUCCACAUCAGCCCUUCUUCGCCGCCCGACGCUGGGAGCAGCGUUGGCGGUGAGGGGUACCCCGAAACAGGGUUCUUUGCCAAGCCAAAGCUGAGCCUUGGACUUGAGAUGGCGGCGGCAAUGGCGCAGCAGGUUGGCAACUGCGACAUCCAGCAGCAGCGGCUGCACCAACCUAGCCAGAUCCAGAGGUUCAAGAAAAGCUCAGUUGGCAGCCCGGCGUUAUCCGGAGGCGCAACGAGAUCUGCGAAUAGUAGUGGCGGUGGAAAAAGGAGUUCCAGGGCGCCGAGGAUGCGGUGGACGACGGCUCUUCAUGCGCACUUCAUCCACGCCGUGGAGCUCCUCGGCGGCCAUGAGAGAGCAACACCAAAGUCAGUGUUGGAGCUGAUGAACGUGAAGGAUCUCACACUGGCUCAUGUUAAGAGCCAUCUGCAGAUGUAUAGAACAGUGAAGGGCACGGCGGCAGACAGAUCAUGCGCUGCAGACAUGCAUAUAUGGUGUGGUGCAGGCCAUGUCCAGAUGAGAGAUAUGGGUUUUCUGAGGAGAGGUAGUGAAGUGAAUGGCUUUGACGUGUUUAACCACAGUACUUCCAAUGCUACGGCCAAUACUAGGCUGCCAGCAGGGUCGCAGGGGGAGCAGGAGGUUCCCAGCUGGUGCCUGCGGCCGCCGUUCGGACAGCAAAGUGGGCUGCCACUGCCACUGCCACUGCCGCUGCCUUGCCCCUACCUCAUGUCUGCCCACCAAAACCAAUACUUACUCACACAAAAUCAGGGACGGAGGAGAGGUGCACAGCAAGACGCUGACUAUCAUGGCAUAGGGCAGGACAACGGACGGCGUCUGCCUGCAGGCCAUGCUGAGACACUCUGGAGACCAUCGUUCAGCGCAGGUGUUGCCAACUGCUGGUCAUCGGCAGCGCCUUCGCCGUCCAACGGCAGCAGCAGCAGAGCAGUCGAGCAAGCAUGGAUGAGUAAGCAGCUGCAACUGCCAUCAAGGGUACCGAAUCUAGAGAUAAGCCUGGGGAGGCAGGGGUGGCAACAUAACCUGCAGGAUCAGCAGCAGCAGCAGCAGCAGCGCAGCGUGGAGUCCACGGCGACCAAAGAGUUAACCCUUCUCAAAUGUUUGUGAGGUUGAUAACUGGCUAGUUUAAUUAGUUAGAUUAUAUAUAAUAUCAUCUAGAAUUAAUGAGGUAUAAUAAAAUGAUCGAUUGACACUGGCUAGUUUUAAUUCGCAUGGUGUGGAGAGAUAAUUUGGCGCUAACUAAUGAGAGCUUCUUGUGGGUCUUGUUUUGUCCAUGUGACCUUCAUUUUGCAGUACAUGCUAACAUGCAUGUGAUUCA